AGAUCAUCUACCACCUGGACGGGCAGGAGACGCCGUACCUGGUGAAGCUGCCCCUGCCCGCGGAGCGCGUCACCUUGGCGGACUUUAAGGGCGUUCUGCAGCGACCCAGCUAUAAGUUCUUCUUCAAGUCUAUGGACGACGAUUUCGGAGUGGUAAAGGAGGAGAUCUCGGAUGACAACGCCAAGCUUCCCUGCUUCAAUGGCCGGGUGGUGUCCUGGCUGGUGUCGGCUGAGGGCUCACACCCAGAUCCAGCUCCCUUCUGUGCUGACAACCCAUCAGAACUGCCACCACCCAUGGAGCGCACGGGAGGCAUUGGGGACUCCCGGCCCCCAUCCUUCCACCCUCAUGCUGGUGGGGGCAGCCAGGAGAACCUGGACAAUGACACAGAGACCGACUCCCUGGUGUCUGCCCAGCGGGAGCGGCCACGCCGGAGGGAUGGCCCUGAGCACACAACUCGGCUAAAUGGAACUGCAAAGGGGGAGCGGCGGCGAGAGCCAGGGGGUUAUGAUAGCUCAUCCACCCUUAUGAGCAGCGAGUUGGAGACCACCAGCUUCUUUGAUUCGGAUGAGGAUGACUCCACCAGCAGGUUCAGCAGCUCCACAGAGCAGAGCAGCGCCUCACGCCUGAUGAGAAGACACAAGCGGCGGCGGCGGAAGCAGAAGGUUUCGAGGAUUGAGCGGUCCUCGUCCUUCAGCAGCAUCACGGACUCCACCAUGUCACUCAACAUCAUCACAGUCACUCUCAACAUGGAAAAGUAUAACUUCUUGGGCAUCUCCAUUGUGGGCCAAAGCAACGAGCGUGGUGACGGAGGCAUCUACAUUGGCUCUAUCAUGAAGGGUGGGGCCGUGGCUGCUGAUGGACGCAUCGAGCCAGGAGAUAUGCUCCUACAGGUAAAUGAGAUCAACUUUGAGAACAUGAGUAAUGACGAUGCGGUCCGGGUACUGCGGGAGAUUGUGCACAAACCAGGGCCCAUCACCUUGACUGUAGCCAAGUGCUGGGACCCAAGUCCACGUGGUUGCUUCACAUUACCCAGGAGUGAGCCCAUCCGGCCCAUUGACCCCGCAGCCUGGGUCUCCCAUACUGCAGCCAUGACUGGCACCUUCCCUGCCUAUGGCAUGAGCCCUUCCCUGAGCACCAUCACCUCCACCAGCUCUUCCAUCACCAGCUCCAUCCCUGACACAGAGCGCCUAGAUGACUUCCACCUGUCCAUCCACAGUGACAUGGCCGCCAUCGUAAAAGCCAUGGCCUCCCCUGAAUCCGGGCUGGAGGUCCGUGACCGCAUGUGGCUCAAGAUUACUAUCCCCAACGCUUUCAUCGGCUCAGAUGUGGUGGACUGGCUGUACCACAACGUCGAAGGCUUCACUGACCGGCGAGAGGCCCGCAAGUAUGCCAGCAACCUGCUGAAAGCUGGUUUCAUCCGCCACACUGUCAACAAGAUCACCUUCUCCGAGCAGUGCUACUACAUCUUUGGCGACCUCUGUGGCAACAUGGCCAACCUCUCCCUCCACGAUCAUGAUGGCUCCAGCGGUGCCUCUGAUCAGGAUACACUGGCCCCUCUGCCGCAUCCGGGGGCCGCCCCUUGGCCCAUGGCUUUUCCUUACCAGUACCCGCCUCCCCCGCACCCCUACAAUCCACACCCAGGUUUCCCGGAGCUGGGGUACAGCUAUGGCGGGGGCAGCGCCAGCAGUCAGCACAGUGAAGGCAGCCGGAGCAGUGGCUCCAACCGCAGCGGCAGCGACCGGCGGAAGGAGAAGGGCGAAGCCGGGGACUCGAAGUCCGGCGGCAGCGGCAGCGAGUCGGACCACACGACCCGCAGCAGUCUGCGGGGGCCGCGGGAGCGGGCACCCAGCGAGCGCUCGGGUCCUGCCGCCAGCGAGCACAGCCACCGCAGCCACCACUCGCUGGCCAGCAGCCUGCGCAGCCAUCACACGCAUCCGAGCUAUGGCCCCCCUGGAGUGCCCCCUCUCUACGGCCCCCCCAUGCUGAUGAUGCCCCCACCGCCCGCGGCCAUGGGCCCCCCGGGAGCCCCUCCUGGCCGCGACCUGGCCUCCGUACCCCCUGAACUGACCGCCAGCAGACAGUCCUUCCGCAUGGCCAUGGGAAACCCCAGUGAGUUCUUUGUGGAUGUGAUGUGAGCAGGGCCCCUCCCCCACUUCCAUCCCACCCCGCCCUGGGCCGGCUGCGUCCCUCUCUCCGUCCGUCUUUUUUACUUUGAUACCUGAAAGGGAAAUAAACGGAACUAAAUCCAGGCGCGCUAACUGCUCGCUGGGUGCAGCCAGGGAGGGGUGCACUCACUGAUCCCCACUGCAGCCCUUAACCUGCCACCGCCCCAGCUUGUCCCUCUGCCCACUAACCGCUGCGCAGGACUUCCUAGGAUCCUUCAUGUCCCAGCGACCCGACUUGCUGGUGCUGCUCCUUACUCCUCUCCCUUCUAUCUCCCUCUCCCUACAACAACAUAUACAUACUUAAGGAAUUGACCCCAUCAGUGCCCUUGAGUGCCUGCAGACCCCUAAACCCCGCUUUCCCCCCUCCUUCCCUCACCCUCAGUUCCUUAUCACCAUUCAUUCCAGGUGCAUCAUCUGCAUCAUCCCUCUAUUAAUGGCAUCGCCUCAAGCAUGUGUGCCAUCUCUUGACUUUUCCCCUUUCAUACUGACACAAAAAACAGACUUGCUUCAUCUGCCCCUACUCCUAACUGUCCCUGGCUUGCUGCCUCAGUCUUGACCCCUAGAGGUGUAGUCUCCUCCAGUAACCAUCCACAUUAACCUUGCCUGUGUUCGGCCUUAGCAGAAGCCCAGGGGACCCCCUCGGUUGCCUGAGCUGCUAGUGGAUUCCAGAGAACCUCUCUACUCUAUGCCCAUACCUCUCCCUCCCCUCCCAUGCCUGCUUUGUGUGCUGGUUCCUUCAGACCCCUAACCUACUAACCAGCAGGCUCAUCUCACUUCUGAGCCUGAAACAUUUCUUUUCUUUCUUUUUUCCUCCCCCAAUUUUUCCUGGGCCUGGAGCAGCCAAGAAUUUCGGGCUGUUCGACUUUCUGUGAGCCCCCUACUCUGCGAGGGGAGGCCCAGCCUCCGAGGAGACCAGGAGCCCUGCUUCAGCAGCCCCUCAGAACUUCCCAAGGAUAUUCAGCCCCCACACCCCACAAUCAACACAUGUUGAGUCACUAGGCUUCCGGGGAGUGCUCCAGCCUCUGACCCAUGUGUGAAAGACUCUGUUCCCCUUCCCCCCAGAGAGCUAACACACAGACUCUCUGUCUUCUACACACACACACCUAUGCAAGUUCACUUAAGCCUAAGGGCCGGUCCCUGACCAGAGGGCUGGACCCUCUCUCCUAGUCAUCUCCCAAGAGGUUGUGGGGCUGGUCCCCUGACUUCUAUCACUUUCCUCAUAGCCCUCAAACCUUCCACACAUGUCUUCCUAUCUGGAUAAAGCCCAUAAGCUGGGUCUCAGGUUGGGCUUAGCACAGGAUUUCCCCAGGCAACUGUUCUCAUCCUGCCCCCACCCCCCACACCUUUCCCCAUUUUCACAAUCACCAUGAUAACCCAGAGCGAGGUUGGGCAGGGGGACUUCUGGGACUUCCAGACAGAAUGCCAAGUUUUGUUUUUAUCUUAUUCUCUCCUUUAAGCAGAUCAUGACUUUCUCUAUAAGCCUCUUCUGUAAAUUCUGGCUCACCUAGACUUCCAUACACAUAGGACUGGAGUGUCAAGAGUAAGAUGAAGUCUUAAGCUUCAGGCUUUGGGGCAAAGCGGGAUAGGGGCAUUUUGGCAUUCAUUGAUUUAA